AUGCAGCUGGUGCAGAAGGCUGCGCAAGGCGCUCGGCGUGCUGUCGACGCUCUGGGAAAGGCACGGCGAGAGGACGGGGCUGCGGGUGGCUUGCGGCCUGCGCGGGCCUGUCCAGGGCGAGUCUCAGAGCAGACGCCGCCGUGUGUGGUCGCGGUGUGGGGGUGCAGAGCACGUCGUCCGGUGGCGCCCAACCACGCUGAGGGCGAAGAGUCGGCAGAGCAGUGGCCGGGGUUUGGUCGCCGAUGUCAAAGACCUCCGCUCAUGAGCACUUCUGACGAGGCCAGAGCCGUGCUGCAGCGAUGGAAUACGUCUUGGCGCUGGGAGGAGCGCGGGCAUCUCGGUGAGGAGCAUCGCGGUGCCCUGGAGUCGCAGGAUCCCGCCACGCACGCCCGUAGCGGCCGGGGAGCAGGGAGAGACGGCACCAGCCUCUCGUGCCUCUAUCGUGCUGGCGGCGUCGCUGUCACUCUUGCCGCGCCUCCCUCGCCCGCCGUGGGACUGGGUCGUGGCGAUCUCCUCAGCGCGUCGAGGGGUGGAGGAAUCCCGGCAUCGCAUCGCUUGCGGCUUGCCGUCCUCGCACAGCGGCCGCCAGGUGUACCGCUGCAGGCGAUACAGUGCGGAGGUGCACGUGGGCGAGGUGGGAAAACGCGCCCCCAGACAGAGCAGUUGGGCGCCCGCUUGGGGCUCGAAAGAGGAGGUCCACCGCUCAGGCUCCAGACGUGGUCGUGGUGUGGUGUGCGUACGUAUUUGGGGUUAGGUAAUGGGGUGGAUGAAGGACGGUUCCGGCGCGAGGCCCGAAAAGGAGAUGCCCGGUCUGGCGAUGCACUCCGGCACGGAUCGUGGCCAAUUCAUCCUCUCCACACGCCCAGCUCCCCGGGAACCACCCAGGCGGCUCUCGCGGCCAAAACAAACUCCCCCUCAUGCCCUCCCACGAUGCACACAAUCGACUGA